UCAGACGGCAGCAAGUCGUCUCUGCCGUCAACAGACACAUGGUGAAAAUAAAGUGCAACAUGGCCAAACUUAUAGUGCUAUUGUCUUUGGCAGCAUUUGCUAGUGCUAAUUCAUAUUCCGCGAGUAAAUUAGUCAAGAAUAUUUAUAAUGAAUGUUUAAGUCAGUAUUCGGUGGAAUGUGUAAAACCGAGGACCCUGCAGUGGAUUUCGCAAGUUGCCAACGAAGAUGAGAUCAAGAUCACAGACGACCUCACCAUUGUCAAGACCGGGAUUAUUGAAGAUAGCGGAGCAGUGGACCCCAGGAUGGCUAAGGAGCCAAUGUAUGCUAUGUUCGACAGCGUCGACAAGUUCCUUCAGAGCCAUACUUUAAGGGUUAAGGUUCCAGAAGAAGUCACAAAGAGUGCUGCCGCUGAAUAUGUACCAAGGUCGCUUCUGACAGACCUUCCAUCGGAACUCAAUAUGCCUUUGGACGGCGAAGAGGAAGUUGAAGAAUUUGAGGGCAGAAAGAAGAAAAUCAAGCUUCCUAAACCUUUGAGAAUUAAGUCCAAACAUGGCUUCAUCAAGAAGAUUUUGCUGCCUUUCUUACUCGGCCUGAAGUUCAAAGCUUCAGUUCUGGUGCCCUUAGCGCUGGCCCUCAUCGCCUUAAAAACGUGGAAGGCUCUGACCCUCGGACUCAUCUCCCUUGUCUUAUCUGGUGCCAUGGUUAUCUUCAAAUUCACGAAACCGAAAGUCGUCAAUUACGAGGUGAUCCACUACCCACAGCACCAUGUUGAACACCAUGUAGACCAUCACGCUCCAGGCUGGGAUGCCCACGGCCCCUACCAGGCGAGGUCAUACGAGGAUGCUCAUGAAAUCGCCUACUCCGGUCAAAUAUAAAAGAAAACAAGCUAUAGCAUAGGAUGGAUCU